AUGGAGUCAACUUCGCAAACCACCUCCGCUCCGAUCCUCCUCUUCGAGAACGUCGAGGAGGGCGAGGUCAUUUAUCAGCGAUGCCUAAUUAUCAAGGCACGCUACACGCCUGUCGCCAACGCGCCGGCCACGGUGACAAUCGAGCACAAGUCGCCCAGCGGGGAUGAACUAUACCCGACUCAGACUUGGCCUGUUGCAGAAGGGCAUACGAAAAUCAUCGCUAUGCUUUCCCCUGGUUUCAAUACCCUCGUCGUACAACCAAACGGCCGCAGUACUGAAAAAUCCAUUCUGAACCUCACCUAUUUGCCCCUCAUGCAGCAGCCGCCACUUCAUCUGGCCGUAAUGGUCGCAGAUGACUCGCCUCUAUCAAUCGACUACGAGCCAAAUAAUGCCUACCCCAAUUUCGCCGCCAACGCAUCACUCGAUUCCGCCAUGAGUAGGUUCCGCAUGCUAGCCUAUAUGUGGCAAGCAAUGAUCGCAGAGGACAUGCGCAUGAAGGGCCUCGGUCGCCGAUCCUUCCGCCUAGAUGAACAGUGGGGAGUGGAUACCACCAGCGCGAGGUUCAGCCACGCAUUGAGGGAUGCAAGGCUGUGGGAAGCUGGAGCAGCGCGGUCGACCGCGAAGAUCCACAUCUUGAAGUCCACACACACUACCAAAGACAUUCGAAACGCGAAGAUCUCGCAGGACAAUGUGUUAGCAAGGAACAAGGCAAGGCUGCAUGCCUGGUUCGAGGAGGCCUUGCAGGCCUCUGGCCAAGGUAUUUUCCUAGCUUCAGCGAGGCCUAUCGUGGCAGGGCUGAUCCUUGACUCCACCUAUGACCAUGAUGCCAGUUUUGUGCUUGGGCACGCCGCAAUGGGCUCCCACAACGCCACCGGAACUUCCCUGUGCGUCUUUGGCAGCCACUUGGCGUACUCAUGGCCGCGAAACGUCGAGGACAUCACACCCUUCCUGGUUGACCCUGGCCAUCCCCAAGAUGGAACUGUCUCCAUCGCCAACACCACGACCGGCGCCAUGUGGGAAAUAUGUUCCAUUGGCCAGGCAGACUUCCUCCACCAGUUGGGCCACGCAUUCGGUGCUUCUCACAUGACCGGUAUCAUGAGAGGUGCUUGCGCUCAGCACUGGCCUCGGAACUUCGUCGCGCGAACAGCGCCAAAUCAUGAGAGUGGCGAGGAGGGCUCCGUCGUGAUAGACGGUGAGACCGUGAACGAAGCCACCUGGGAUCUCAAGAACGCCCUAGCCUUUACCUAUCUUCCGCAUUUCAGGCUCCCCAGCGAUAGGCCAUUCCCCGUCGAUGAAUUUGUGGCCCGCUUCGCCAAGCCGGCUAUCUUUCUUGAUGAGGGUACCGACGAGGAGGGUAAUCAUGAACUUCAGCUGAAGAUGUCCUCCCCAGUCGGCAUUUUCUGCAUCCUCUGGAACGGCGAGCCGAGCGAGCCUCCGUCAUUGACGAACCCUUUGUUUGGAGCGAGAACUUCGCUCAAGCAGAUUGAGGCCAACUUCGACCGCGACCAGCCAGUUCGCCUCGCCGUUCUCGCCAGGAAUGGAAAGGAAACGAUCGUCCCGGAUGUUUGGACUCUGUUCGAAGACCCAUGCUUCAUCCGCAUUCCCGGUUCCGACGUCAUUCUACAUAAGCGCUCGGUCAUGUGCAAGGAUCUGGAAGAAGGCGUCCAAUCCAUGCAAGACAAGAGAUUUUGGACCUGGGCGACCCUCCUCACCAAGCGCAUGCAGCAUGGCACCAUCGUCGGCGUCAAGCAAAUCGACAUAUGUGUCACCUGCGUCCUAGAGGGCGUCUACGUACGCUUCCAGGACGGCAUCCGCGUCAAUUGCGGCCCAAGGGUCCAGAAGAGCUCGGGCGGCAAAUUCAACAAGCACUUCCGUGGGCAUGUCCCCCAGGAGCUUAUGAUUCCUCCCAACCAGGAGAUCCUGGGGUUCGAGGUUGCGCGCGAUGCGCAGGUUCUCCGUGGCCUGCGGGUUCGCUUGAGUAACGGCGAGUCCAAGGGUGCAGUCUGCCGUGGCGGGCUGUUUGAGGAGCGAUGUAUACUGGAGCCCCCAAUUGAAGAGCGAAUCAUCGGACUUUAUGGUCGCAAUCACUUCGGCGAGGAGUCCGACGGGAUGGUCGAGCUCGGAAUCAUCACGGUGCGCAAGGACGCAAACCUCCCUUACGAAGAAGCCGAUUUCGACCGCGACGACGACCCCUACGCGGCCCCUGACGUUGACUACGACUCCUCUGAGGAAUCCGACAGCGGAGAGUCUGAAGACGCGGACCUUCUUCUACAAGCCUUUCUCGAGUUGAAUAUUGAAUAA